AUGUCUGCAGUUGCGCCUGUAACAAACGACAUUCUCAAAGAGAAUGGCAAUGCUGCCAACAAAAAGGCUCAACACAAGAUGAGAAAGAGAAAUAAAAAGAAGAGCAAAAAGCAACGUCAGGAGGAAGAGGCACAACGUAAAGCUGAAUUGGAGCAGCAGCAAAAGAAGGAAGACGCUCUCGAUGAUGUUCAGAUUGAAUACGUUGUUCAGCCUGUUGACAUGUCCGCAUUGAAAAAUAUGGAUGGUAUGUCAAAUCUUGACGAAAAUACGCUUCAGCAGUUCUCAGACAUUUUCAAACAUUUUCAAACUGGAAAGCCUGAGGAAGAUGACGAGGAAUUCCCUGUACAAGACAACACUGUCGAACCAGAAAAUGAGGAGAAUUCAGACGAUGAAGAAAAGGACGAUCAACCUUUGUCAAAGAAAAAGAUGAAGAAAAUCCAACGCUUGACUGUAGCAGAACUGAAGCAGCUCGUAAAGAAACCAGAGACUGUCGAGUGGUGGGAUGUCACAGCCAGUGAUCCCAAGUUGUUGGUCGCUCUGAAAUCAUAUCGCAAUACCGUGCCUGUACCUGCUCAUUGGAGCAUGAAGCGUAAAUAUCUUCAAGGAAAGCGUGGUAUCGAGAAGCCACCAUGGGAAUUGCCUGAUUUUAUCAAAGACACCGGCAUUAUGGAGAUGCGUGAUGCUGUCAAAGAAAAAGAAAGCGCAGCUGGUUUGAAGAGCAAAAUGAAGGAGAAAGUAGCACCAAAGAUGGGAAAACUCGACAUUGAUUAUCAAAAGCUGCACGACGCCUUUUUCAGAUUCCAAACUCGCGGCAAAUACACAUUACAUGGUGAACUAUACUACGAAGGCAAAGAAUUCGAAACAAAACUGAAAGAACAAAAACCUGGACAAUUGUCUGAAGAAUUGAAAGAAGCAUUGAAUAUGCCUCCAUUGGCCCCUCCUCCAUGGUUGAUCAACAUGCAACGUUACGGCCCUCCCCCUAGUUACCCUAGUUUGAAAAUUGCUGGUCUAAAUGCACCAAUACCCGAGGGUGCUCAAUGGGGAUAUCACCCCGGUGGAUGGGGUAGACCUCCUGUGGAUGAAUACAAUCGUCCUCUUUACGGUGAUGUAUUUGGCGUCUCCCAACCUACAGCUGCACCACCAGAGAUUGUCGAGCCUGUUGAUAAACAGCUUUGGGGCGAACUUGAAUCAGAGGAAGAAUACGAGGAGGAAGAGGAAGAGAGCGAAGAGGAAGAAGAGGAAGAGGAGCAACAAGAGGAGCAACAAGAAGUGGCUGCAUCUGACGACCUUGCUGAUGGACUCGUUACACCUUCAGGCAUGGCGUCGAUUGCUUCUGGAUUAGAAACACCUGAUCAUAUUGAGCUUCGUAAAGAUCGCAAACGAGAGGAAGACGAAGGGCCAAAACAAUUGUAUCAAGUACUGCCUGAAGUAUCUAAAAACAUCACUGGCUUUAUGGGCUCUCAGCAUGGUUACGAUUUAACAGCAGUGGAUAAACCAAUUGCACCACCACCUACCGGUAGAGUGCAAACAGCAGGAGGAAAACGUAAAGCAAAUAAUGUAGAUGUUGCUAUUGAUCCAAGCGAAUUGGAAGGCGGCCUUGAUGAGGCUACUUUGCGUGCUAAAUAUGAAGCUCAGAUGAAAGCUAAAUUGCCCGGUGGCAGUGUGAAUGAUGAAGAUUUAUCAGACAUGUAUGCUGAACAUGCUAGUAGACAGGCUAAAAAAGCCAAAACACAAGAUAGUCGAAAGGAAGGAAAAAAGAAGGAGUUCAAGUUUUAA